CUGAUCGCUGAUGCACGGACGCGCCUGACACGCCUGGGGCUCUUCUGCAGCGUCUUCACCAUCAGCAUGUACCUCUCACCGCUGGCCGACCUGGCCAAGAUUGUCCGGAGUAAGUCAACGCGCUGCCUGUCCUUCCCCCUGACUGUCACCACCUUCCUGGCCUCCACCAGCUGGACACUCUACGGCCUGCAGCUCCGCGACCCCUACAUCACGGUCCCAAACGUGCCGGGGAUUGUCACCAGCGUCGUGCGGUUCUGGCUCUUCUGGCAGUACCCGCCGGGCCAGGAUAA